AUGGAGGCUCUGGCGGGGGCGCCUCGCCGUGCCAAGAGAAGGAAGCCGGAGGCGCCCAAGAGCCCGGAACAGGAGGGUGGAGCAAACAUCUCGUCGCUGGUACCAGCGACGAGUGCGCCUGAUUCCUGUCCUCCUGGAGCCGGAGGAGACGAAUCCCACAUCCAAGAUCCACCGCCUGGAGCCGGUGGAGAAGAAGAAGAUGGGGUCGACCGAAUCAGCCUCCUCCCGGACGCCAUUCUGGGUGAGGUCAUCUCUCUCCUCCCCACCAAGGAUGCCGCCCGCACCCAAAUCCUCGCCAACCGGUGGCGCCAUCUCUGGCGCUCCGCCCCUCUCAACCUCGACGGCCGUGACCUUCGCACCAUCGAUGUCGUCUCCCGCAUCCUCUCCGCCCACCGGGGCCCCGGCCGCCGCUUUCGCUUCCCCGCACAACACCUGCAGUACUACCCCGCCAUUGUGGAUGCUUGGCUCAGAUCCCCCGCCCUCGACAACCUCCAGGAGAUUGAUUGCUGCAUCGACAUAUAUGCACCGGAUGUGUUGCAAGCACCACCUCAGCCGGCGUCUACCUUCCGGUUCUCGUCGUGCCUUUGCGUGGCCACUCUCAGCCAGUGCCACCUCUCUGACGACGUCGCCCAGGCGCUUCAGUUCCCCAAGCUCAAGAAGCUCGCUCUUCAAUGGGUCAGCAUUUCGGAGGAUUCCCUGCAUAGCAUCAUUGCUGCUUCUCCCGUCCUCGAGUGCUUGCUGCUUAGCACCAUCUUUGGCUUCCGCUGUGUCAGGAUCAACUCAGCUAGCCUUACAAGCAUUGGGGUGGGUGCUAAUGCUGGGUAUGAACCAACAGUGACAUUCUUAGAAGAAUUCAUCAUCGAGGAUGCCCCUUGCCUUAAAAGGAUUCUGUAUCAUCGACCACCACAAUUGCCCAUGCGACUGCAAGUGUCAGUUAUUUCAGCACCCAAUCUAGAGACCUUGGGUUGCCUAAAGUAUUCUGAUUACUCUUCCAGACUCACGUUGGGCUCUACGAUUAUUGAGGUACCUCUUGGUUUCCUACCUAUUGCCUACAGGUUCUGA